AUGGCAGCAGACAGCAACAUGGCUCCUGAAGAAAAGCCGAGCACUACUCCUGCAAAAAGGGCUGUCCACAAGAUCCGAAUGGCCAGCCUAGUCUUCAGCUUGGCGCGAGGUUGGCAGCAGUGGGCAUCUGACCACCACAUAAAGCAAACCCAAGAGCCCUCUGGAUGGGUCCCCCCUGAAGAAGACUCAUCAACUCAGCCUGUACAAGACAGACCCUUUGAAAAAUGGCCAAUUCCAUCUGUCAAAAGGGACCAAGGAAAAGACGACGAAAAAUCCUCAGCAAAGGAAUCAGUGACAAUAAGAGACGCUGAAAAAAAUGCAAGGGAAUCAGAGGAAGCCCUCAAGAAGUUCAGCAUUAAAAGCAAAGAGGUGACCAAAACAGUUGUAAGCAAAGCUUACGAACGAGGAGGUGAUGUUAGCCUCCUCAGUGGAAGAUACGAGAGUAACGAUAGUAGCUCAGAGAUAACCAAGCUCAAAGAAUCAAGUGCUAUUGACAAAAAUCUUAGCGGCAAAUUAUCUCCAACCAUAAGGAGAAAGUGUUCAAAUGUGGUAUCAGAGCUGACCAAGGGCUGGAAACAGAUGGAACAAGAGGACAAAGAGGGGGCUAAGGAAGAACUGCUGCUUAAGUGUCAUGAUGACAGCCUGGAUGCAGAGGACAGUGGCUAUGGGGAAGCAGAGGACAAACUCGAGCAAGAAGACAGUGACCGAGAGGUGACUGCUGUAAGGAUUAAACGACCUGUGACAUCCUUCGCAAGCAGGUUUAGCGAAGAAGCAAGCACCAAAGCCCACAGGAAAUACAGCCCCGUCAACAGCCUGAAGGACAGAUGGCAAGAAUGGGCUGACCAGCACAUCGUAACACAGAAGCUGAAUCCCUUCAGCGAGGAAUUUGACCGCGAGCUGGCCAUGUCCACGCGCCUGCACAAAGGAGACGAAGGCUACGGCCGUCCGAAGGAAGGAACCAAAACUGCUGAAAGGGCCAAGAGAGCCGAGGCCCACAUCCACCGGGAGAUUAGAGACAUGUGCUUCAUCAUUGAAUCAAUGGCUAAGCCACAGCCUGACGGCAAGAUCCAAGUCACUUUUGGGGAACUCUUUGAGAGAUACGUUCGUAUUUCGGAUAAAGUUGUUGGGAUUCUCAUGAGAGCGAGGAAACAUGGGCUGGUGGACUUUGAGGGAGAAAUGUUAUGGCAAGGAAGGGAUGAUAAUGUCGUAAUUACUUUAUUAAAAUAAGCAUGCUACAACAAGAGCGACUUGUUUUGGAAAACCUUUCUCCACUUCUCCCUUGCUAUUAGCGUUUGCACAUUUUGAAUACAAGAUCCUCCCCGUUCACCCACACAGAAAAGACAUUGAGCGUUUUUCUGAGUACUUAUUUUACAGCUACUGCAUGGUAAUGCAAGCAUCCAAAAGGAUUUUUCUCUGUACCAGGAGGGCUUGCAGGACAAUUCAGUUAAUUACUACAUGAAAAAUGAAGAGAAAAAUCUAUAUUGAAUAUAAAACAGCUGAAUAAAAAAAAAAUCAUAGCAAUAUAAAUAGCUACAAAUGAAUUCCACUUUUUACUUUUUCUUACAUUCAAGAUCUUCCCAACUAUUUAAACUGGGAUGUCAGGAAUAUAAACCAUCCAGAUCAGAAGCUCAAUGACAAUAUAAACCCAGACCAAGAUUUUGAUCUGUGAAAGUGAUCUUGUGCACAUAUUUCCUAAUUAAUCUACUUAAAUGCACAUAAGAAGUUUUAUUUGAACACAGAAUCAAGGUUACAUUUGUUUCCUUUACAAACAGGAUAUGCAAAUACUACUGCAGUAUUAUCUUGUGACAGCUAUUGACACAACUUUAUCUUACAUAUCACAUACAAACUAAGACAAAAUCCUUCUUUUUAUAAAUGAGGUUUUAUAUUUAAGGUAUUUAUAGAACUAAUUUAUUAGAUAGUUUCAUAUUUAGAGUUAUGGAUGUUGGAGAGAAAACACCCAAUAGAAUGUAAUGCACAAAAAAAGUUUUGAAUAGAUAGCCACAUAGAAAAUACUUCCUAUGCAACUUUGUGCGAUGUAUCAUCUGAUUAUCUAUGUAAAUACAGUUCUUAUAAAUACAGGGGAAAAUAACAUGUAACAUAAAAAGCAGGUACUUGUACUGUUGUGUAUAGUAAAAAAGUGACUACAAUCAGCAUCUUCCAUUGAAAUGUACUGCUGUGAGAAAAGAUACAGAAACAGUGUUCAUAAAUAAAAUCAGCUAAAUUUAAGGAAAAUGGUGUUCCACAUUGCACAGAAACACUGGCCUAAUUUUACAAUAUUUGCCUUUUGAACCAUUCUAAUGUCACUGAAAUAAUGUAUUUCAGUCCAGGUGAUGCUGAAGAGGAGUAAAUGCUAAUGAACUAAUGCUUCUAGGUCUUAAAAUUGUUUGUAUUAUGCACAAAUCUGACAUCACUGUUUCUCUAAACUACUACUGUAAAAAUAGCUAUCCUGGUAAAAAUGGGCUUCAUGUGAAAAGCAUUUGUUUUGGAGCAAGAUGCCUGGACAAGUUAUUUCCAUAAUGAAAAAUAACUGUUUUUUUUCCCCAUAAGAUUCUUUCAAACUGAAAGAGCAAAUAUCUUCUUACAGAAGAAAAGGUAUAUCAACAUCUUGUCUCUGGGAUAAAACAAGUAUUGCUAACUUAUUAUGAGAGUACAGGUACUCCAGUUUGAAGCUCCAAUGAACACAUAA